AUGGAGAAAAGCCCCGAGAAGCGCGCCAUGCACGAGGCGGAAAGCCUACGAAGAAUCGCUUUUGCCGGCGUCGCCAUCAGCACCGUCGCCACGCUGACUUGCAUUGUGGCCAUUCCGGCUCUCUACAACUAUAUGCAACACGUUCAAUCGUCGCUUCAGACCGAGGUGGAAUUCUGCAAACACCGCACAAACGGUCUUUUCCAACAAUAUGAGCGAAUGCAAGCGGUGAAAGGUGUUCGGGGAAGACUCGUGAAAAGACAAUCGUACGAUAAUCCCCUUGGAUCAAUGGGAGGAGCUGGAGCUGGAGCCAACGCUCCUGGUGCUGCGCCAAAGGGAGGCCCAGCCGGUGGAUACGAUGCUGGAGUUGGUGGAACUGGAGGUGACGCGGCUCCGGCUGGAUCUUCAGCUGGAUCUUCAGCUGGAUCGUGCUGCUCGUGCGGAGUUGGAGAAGCUGGACCCCCUGGUCCUCCAGGAGAUGAUGGAAACAAUGGAAAUGAUGGAGCACCGGGUAAAGAUGGAGCUCCUGGAGAGGAUUCUACUCCUGAUGCUAAGCCAUCAGCUGCCGAUUUCUGCUUUGAUUGCCCUGCUGGACCUGCAGGAGCUGCUGGAAACGCUGGGCCAAAGGGACCCAAUGGAAACCCAGGACCAAAUGGAAACAAAGGACCCGAUGGACAGCCAGGAUCUCCUGGAGCUCCAGGACCUCAAGGGCCACCUGGACAAGACGGAAAAACUGGAGAUGCUGGACCAAAGGGACCAGCUGGAACUGUUACAGAGGUGCCUGCUCCAGCUGGACCAGCUGGACCACCAGGACAAUUGGGAACUCCUGGAGUUGAUGGACCACCUGGACCUGCUGGAAAGCCUGGAUCUGAUGGAAAUCAGGGUCCACCUGGAGACAAUGGAAAAGAUGGUCAGCCUGGAAAGCCGGGAUCUGGUGGCAAACAGGGAGACGCUGGAACCGCUGGUGUCGGUGGAGGAUGCUCUCAUUGUCCACCACCAAGAACAGCGCCUGGAUAU